AAAAAUCCGUAAGUCUCCCUUUGGAAUAAUGGGUGUUAUUACUUAUGAGUUUGAGGUUACCUCCCCAAUCUCCCCGGCCAGGCUUUUCAAAGCCCUUGUUCUUGAAGCCGACAAGCUUUUUCCCAAAGCUGCCCCUCAUGCAAUCAAGAGCGUCGAGCUCCAAGGUAAUGGUGGCCCUGGAAGCAUCGUCUGCAUCAACUUUGCUGAAGGCCUUCCGUUUCAAUACGUGAAGCACGCGAUCGAAGAACAAGACAUAGACAACUUGUCGUACAGUUACAGUUUGAUCGAAGGUGGGCCUGUGGGAGACAAGCUUGAGAAAAUCUCGUACGACAAUAAGUUUGUGGCAGCUGAAAAUGGAGGAACCGUUUGCAAGAGCUUGAUGAAGUUUCACACCGUGGGUGACGGUGUAUUCAGUGAAGAAGAAAUUAAGCAGCACAUUGGAAGAAUGGACGGAGUUUACAAGGCUAUUGAAGCUUAUCUCUUGGCAAACCCCGAUGUCUGCAACUAAGACAAGAUUGCUUUAAUGAGUUGUGUGGUUUCUGUGUUCGGUUGUUUCCAA